AUUGUGGUGGCGGCGUGCGCUUUGGCAAAGAUGUUGAAGUUCUUUCAAUUAUCCAAACUUAGAUCUGCAGUAUUUGAACAACCUACACCCUGGAUAAACCACAGAUGGAUUUUAUUGGUGCAUUCCAGCGCAGUGAUUCAUUCACCGGCGCUGCAACCCAGCUGCGUGGAAUACAUCUCCCAUGUAUUUCUUUAAGAUAUCACUGUUCUUGCUUCUCAGGAAUCAGGACUCUUGUUGCCAGUGUAUUUAAUCAGUGCCGCUGCACCAACUUGAAUUCAAAUGCUGCCCCCACCCACUGAAAUACUAAGUAUUGGAAUGGCAGAAAAAAAGGCUUUUACCUUUCAAUUUUUGCAAUAAAGUAACAGUUUUUGAUUGGGUUGAACUGGCAUGAGAAACACAUGCACUGGCUCCAUGUACGUCACAACACGAGCUCGGUUAAGCGCGUGGCCAGAGAGAAAAACUACACUUCCCAUGAUUCCAUUUGUACUUUUGUAACAGAGAAUUGUUCCGGGUGAACUGUGGUGAAUUUCCGCGCCAUUUUUUCCAGAUUCUCGGUGGGCUGGGAACAAGAGAAAGUAGUAAACAAACUGGGGGUGCAGUCAAUAUUUAUGUAAUUGUUCGGUGCCCCACAAACAACACAUUUACGGAACUAUGUUGCUACCAUCUGACGUUGCGAGACUUGUUUUGGGAUAUUUGCAGCAGGAGAGGCUUUUUGCCAGCUGCCAGGCAUUCAUUUUGGAAAGUCCAGAUCUAAAGGAAUAUGCAGAGCACAGCACGGAGGAUGGCACAAUACCUGCCUGUAUGUUUUCCUUGUUUGGGAAAAGCCUGACCAUGAUACUGAACGAAUAUGUGGCAAUAAAGGCAAAAGAAUCAAGUCAAGAAAUUCAGGUACCGGCUAUGAUGACUUCCUUGUGGAAGAAACUGGACUUUACUCUUAAUCAGAUAAGGUCAAUGCAGACCUCAUCAGGGUAUACGAUCAGUCAAAGAAGUCGCACGCGGAAUGGUAUAACUGAGAUGAGGCGACAGAGAGCCCAGCACUCCACACAGCCCCAACAAAUCUCUGGACUCCUGGCCAUUUCUCCGCAGCCAGGACUGCAGACACCCACACCGCUGGUAGCCACGGAAGCAGUGCUGGGGCACUCGACACCGGUUUCUCUCAGCGCACAGCAGACUCGACCAAACCUCCUUUGUAUGACCCAGCCUCCGAGGCAGGAACAAAACAGACCAGUCAUCAACAUCAGCAGGGACUCCUCCAUACAGGUUGUGGUCACUGAUCGAAGAGUCAACCCAGCCCCUUUAUCUCCAGGGAGGCGGAAAUGUGAUUCGCCAAGGAGAAGAGGUGUAGUGUCAGAGAAGAGACCUGCUGCUCCUGCUCCUUCAGCAGCAUUGAGGAUCACACAGACCCCCAGUAACACCCCCCCAGAGGAGGAGAGUGACCCACACCAGGAGCCCCUAACAGAAAACUUCCCACAAUUAGCUAUUGAAAAUGCACGAGAGAAGAUAUUAAGUGACAUAUGUUUACAAGAAAAGCUGGCAGAGAACAUAAACAAGUAUUUUGGGAGCGACACCAAUAUUCCACCGUCCUCCAAGCAACCUACAAGCAGUACUCUGGUGCAAGAUCAGUCUAUUGAUGAAAUUCUCGGACUCCAGGGAGAGAUCCACAUGACUGAUGUAGCAAUCCAGGACAUUCUAGAAAAGACAGAAUCAGACCCGGCAUUCCAGGCCUUGUUUGACCUGUUUGAUUAUGGUAAAAACCGGAACAGUGAAGCUGAGCCUGAAGAUCAAGCCAAUCCAAAUCCCCCCAGCCUCCCCUCCAACCUCGAUGAGGACAAUGCAGAGACCCGUGAAAGCUCUUGUGAGACUGGAGAAGGUACCAGUUGUGAAGAUUCCACAACAUCUGGGGCAGAAUCUGCUGCUAGAACUUCCAAAACAAGAAACAGGCUGGAGCCCAGGUCAAAGAAGAACAGUAGAAAAAACGCACAUCCCCUUUCAACUCUCUCUCGGGAAUCCAAGGCCCCCAGCACAUCAGGAGCUGCAAGCGAGUCUUUUCUGGCUGCCAGACCCUCAUCCUCCAGACUGGGUGCAGCUUAUAAUAGAAACACUGACAGCAGCUUGUCUGUUUCAGACCAGGUUGCAAAGGAAUACUUGCCACCUGUGCUUGCUGCUUCUUGUGACAACAGUAACAAUAGCAGCAUUCAGUCUACUGCAGACAAAGAAGUGUCAAGCUCGUUGAUUGCAGCGGACGAAGUAGAAAUGGAGAUCGACCCUCAGUGGAUAGCUGUGGAGGGGACCCAAGAUGCUACAAACCAGCCAUCGACAUCUGUAACUGAGAGCACUGGAAAAAGAUCUGCUCUGCUUCCGACAUGGCAUGAGACACAGUCUGGGGGGGGUUUGCAUGACCCAUCUACAGAGCAAAGAGAGGAGCCUGUAGAUAGCACUCAAAAAUCAUUGGAGAACAGUCCAGGACCUGCUGCGGAAAGCACAACAGGGUCUCAAACAGCUGGAAAUACAGAGCAGUUAUCUAAAGCAGAUUCUGAGAGAGCUGGAGAUGAGCAACGGCCCACAGGUGGGGAUAGACACUCAUCUCCUGACAUCAGUCUAUCAACAAAGGAGCCAGCAGAGGAGGAGAGAGACUCGCCAUCCACAGAUUACAACUCCACGAUGGAAGGCAAGGACACCGCAAGCAGAUCGCAGUGCAAUGAUGGGGAGAGGGCCACCGUUUCCUCCUCGGAGAGCGUUGCGUCGGUGGCUGCCACUACUCCUGCCAGAGCAGAGUGGACUCCGAAUCUGAGCACUUCUGUCAUCCCUGGAGUGGAGCCCAGCAACAUCGUCUCUCUGAAGAUCAUCAUCAGCGACGAGCAGGAGGAUCAGCCCAGCGAUGGUGAGCUGAGCCACGCUGUAUCCAGCAUCACCGGCGAGAGGAUACCCACCAUCAUUCUCUCCUCUCCUGCUAAAUCGCCAGCAAAAAGAGCCGCUCCGGCCAUCAGCUCAGAUGAAACGGUGUUGGCUGUCAGCAGUUUGCAGAGGGCUGAAAGUAACCCAGCUGUGCAGCAUAACCUGCUGGUGGCAAAAUGUGGAGAGCCAGCCAGUGGUGCCCCACACUCGAUCGCGGAGCAGAACGUACAGCUGCUGGCGAGCGGCCCUGCUGAUGUGGCGCAGGAGACGGGGUUCAUCCAGCUGUUGCCUGCCUCCACCUCUUACGGGACCACUAGCAACUAUUUUAUCCUGACCGAUCAAGCAGCCGUGAGCAAGACCAUGACGCAAUCGAAUGUGAUGGGGAUUCCCGGCAAUCCCACUGUGGGACAGGUGACCACAAGGCCACAGGUCUUAGCAACUCCUCCGAGGGCAAGGCCUGUGUUCACCAUGGGGCGGACCCUGUCUCAGAACUACUCGCCAGGGUCUACAAUUCUCAUUUCCUCUCCGGUGCAGCCCAUGCUGCAGAGUAUGAUGAUCCCUGUUUCAGUUGUGGGACAGAACUCCACAACCACAUUCACGGUGGCACCUAAUCGGGUACUGCAAUUGCCAGUUGGACCUGCCAUGCAAACUGCAACAAAAGUACCUCUUCAAGCAAAAUCUAAACCACAGUUGGCCCCCAAGGGCAGUAUAGACUUCGGGAAACCUGUAGCAGCUAGGAACUACUCUGGAUCCGAUUCAUCUACAAAUAUGGCUGUUGCGCAGAAACAAAGACCCAGACAAGUACAGAUGCCAAGACCACAGAUAAUUCCCUCUGUUGCUGCUCCUGUCGUAGUUUCUCAGGUUUCAAGUUCAAGCCCUCAGUCUAAUCGGAGCCACAGGAGGGUGCUGUGCUUUGAUAGCGAUUCGAUAGUCGAACACGACAGCAUGCCAGUAAUAAGCAGCAGCAGCAGCAGCCAGUCCAGGGACUCCCGGACUGCAUCACAGACACAGGCAACCCAAGCGGCUUCUUCUCGCUCAACUGUGACUUCGUCUGUUGUGGAAUCCAGAAAAGAUCCUUCAGCACUGAGCAAUACGACUGGCAAACUGGACCAAGCUGAACCCCAGGCAUCCAGUGAAAACUCAGCGCCAAAGGGCAAGGCAGAAAAAUCAGAACAUGCUGACGAAACAAAAGCACCGCUUCCUCAUCAGCAUUUGAAUCAAAAUAUCAAAUCCCCGGCAUCUGAUAAAGCAUCCAGAAGAGAUUCAGAUCCAAAGAGCAAACGAGAAUCAUCCGGUAACAAGGAUGAAAGCAAACAUCGUGAAAACAAGGAUGCUGAUGAGAGGAAGAAGUCUCAAACAUCAGAUAAGACGGAAGAAACUUCAGUUCCAGGAUCUAAAGGAGGUUCGAACCAAAGAAGCAGGUCUUCGACUUCUGAUCAUAGGGAUAAAACAAAAGCUUCUGGAGCCAGCAAGGAUGCGGAUCAAAGUGGGAUUAGGUCUGAAGCAUUGGAAAGCAGAGCUGCAAAGGGGAAAGAGGUGCGGGCAGAGAGAAGGAGCUCCUUGCAGGAGCUUCUCAACAUCACAGCCAAUAAAGAGAAUGAGCUGGAGAAAGACCUUGGAAGACCAAGGGGCCAGGAGAGUAGCAGCAGCGAGCAGCCUCUGAUCUCAUCUUCUUCUGUUGUACAGUCCACCCAGGACCCUACCCCGAAGGGAAAAGGGUUGAGCAUGACAAGCCCCCUUACCAAGCAGGCUGCCGAGAUGCUUCAGGACAUCCAAGGGCAGGCCCCAGCCUCCCCUCCCACAAAGAAGUUGUCAAUAGGCUGGUCAGAGCUGCCUCUGCCCAGGACUCCUGGCUCGAGCAGGCAUACCGAAGACCCCUCGGACUGUAUGAGGACACCCGUGCGCCGGCGGCACUGCAGGGAAGGGGAGUCUACCCCGAGACACCUGCCGCCUCCGGCCACUCCGGACCUGCCCACCUGCAGCCCCGCCAGCGAGGCAGGCAGUGAGAACAGCAUCAACAUGGCCGCGCACACACUCAUGAUCCUGUCACGGGCUGCGAUCGCCAGUACCGGCACCCCUCUGAAGGACAGCGCGCAGCAGCCCGGCUCCAAAAGCGCAGGCAAGAAGCGCAAGCAGGCUGAGGAGCAGACCAGCCCAGCAACCAAGAAGGACCCGCAGAGGUCCCUCUCUCCAUCCAGGAGGAAGAAAGCCAAAAAACAGAAGAAGUUGCUGGAUUCCUUCCCAGAUGGAAUGGACGUGGACAAGUUUUUGUCUUCUCUGAAUUAUGACGAAUGAAUUCAGACAGUACAAUGCAAGGCAAACGAGGUGCAGAACUUGCCAAACUGUAAACCACACGCUACUUUGAACAGGAUUCCCGACUGCAUCCAGAGGACACCGCGAUGGGACUUCUGAAACCCGAUAACCCUGUGCUGCACAGUUGCACACAUAGAUGAGUCUGAAUUUGCAGGUUUGAUCGGACCUGUACCGGUUUUUGUUUCUUGAUAGAAAGAUGAUCAGACUGAUAUAGCGAAAUAUCAUUUGGCAAAAUGAAAGGCAUUAUCCCAGACAGAGUGGGAAUAGAUCCUAACAGGUUCACUUCUGUUUAUUUUCCUGUUACUGAUUCAGCGUAAAGAUGUGUAAAGGAUGACUAAUCAAAUUUUUAUUUUUUUUUUUAAAUCCAGAAAGCUGAAAAAAAGCAUGUUUUACAAGCACUGUACCCCACUAAAUUGCCUUACAUAAAUGAUAGGAACACACCUCUAUACAGUAGAAUGAUUUACUUCAGCAGUAAGUAUUACACAUGUAGUAUAUAUGAAUUGCAUUUGAACACGGCCAUCCUCCCCAGCACAAACACACGCGGAACCUUAUUACAUCUAUACCCAAUACGGCUACAAAGAUGGAAAUAAGACUCCUAUUGCAUAGCAGUUUCUCCCCUAUUCCUAGUUUUAAAAUGAGGCUGAUUAGCCAGUGUAUAGGUAACAAGCUCAGGAAUGUCUUAUUAAACUCACAGUAAAACCAGGAAUGGAUCUAACAGCUAUGCAAUGGGAGUAUUAUUUUAAGCAGUGCUGCUAUAACUCUGUAAAGACUUCCAAAAAGAGAUUGCACAGCUCCUACAAUGUUGGGUUUAACAUCCUGAUACAAUGACAUUGCUAAUUAAAACAUCAAAGCUAAAUCAGACAGCUUCUGAUGUCCUUCCCCCUGAACAGUGCUACUGGUUUCCAACAUGUUUUGAUGUUCAGAGUGAAUACUGGUCUAUUUAUUUUUUUUUCAUCCAUUUUCAGUAACUUUCCACAUGCUCUGAUAACAGAAUAUCAUGCCCAGAGCUCAUGGAAGCUAAUGUUUUAUCUUACCGUAUACUGCCAUCCAAAAUGCAGGUGUUUUCGUUUAGUUUAUUCUAACCCCAUGCUUUUUUACACUAAUGUUUUAGCACUCACAGAAACACAGUUUCAGUAAUGUGGCCUGCACAAGAAGCUUCAUGUACUGAUCAAUCUUAUUUAUUUUUUUUUGCCUGUUUUCUAAAUGAUUUUAGUUAUUUUACUGCAGGGAAGAAAAACAGAUACAACUGCAUUAACGUGUACUUUUGUUGUACAUUCAAUUGUAGGUGCAGUCAAAUGACAUUCAUUUGUAAUUUUGUAAGAAAAUGCUACUUCUUGAGAAUGGCAUGAUUUACAGGUUUGGUUGCAAACAACAAAAUUAACAAAAAUAAACAUACACCUAUUGUCCGCAGGACGUGAA